GAUGUCUUUUCGACUUCCACUUUCUACUCGACAGCAUUUCUUUGCUCAAAGAAUUUCCUUAUCUUCUGCCAGAGCUUUUUCAACCCACAGGCUCACUAGAACUUGUCCUUCGUGCUCAAAGACGCUGCCUACUUCACUUCCAGCAUGUCCGAAUUGCUGGAGCAUAUGGAAUAUUCCAUCCGAUACAUCUUAUCACGAUAUAUUCGCUUUGCCAAAGGAUUCCAAUCCGUUUGUCAUUGAUACAGCUUUACUGAAGCAACGGUUUCGUCAGAUGCAGGCUACAUGUCAUCCAGAUACAUGGGCUUCCAGAGGACUUGACAAACAAGACGCUGCCCAUGCUCUUUCAUCGGCUGUCAACCAUGCGUACCAGACCCUGCUACAACCCAUGCAGCGCAUCGAGUACAUCCUGAGUGCUAACGGAAACCCAAUGGAGGAAACCGACAAGCUUGAGGACAAUGAAUUCUUAAUGGAUAUAAUGACGGCUCGUGAAGAAAUAGAGAUGGCAGACACAAGAGAAGAGGCUGAGCCGGUAAUACGGGAAAACCAAGCCCUGAUAGACGAUACAGUAUCCGAGAUAGAAUCCUUAGUAGAACAGCAAAGAUGGCCAGAAGCCAAGCAGGCUGGGAUUCGAUUGAAGUAUCUAGACGGUAUUCGCAAGGCGGCAAUGGAAAAAUCUUGAACAAAUACAUAAUGAAACUAAAGAGAG